AUGUUAAGGCAUGGCCUCGCCCGCCAUGGCCUGCAGCAGUCCCGCGUUCUCUGUUCAAAUCCGAGACUCCCUAAUACGAGGGGCUAUGCGUCGGUAACAGACCUCAAUGCCUUCCCCAAACCCGGACAAAGCCUGCACGGCUUCACUUUGAAAGAGAUCAAGCAUGUGCCGGAACUCCAUCUGACUGCCUUGAGUCUGGAACAUGAAAAGACGGGUGCAGAAUAUCUGCAUGUCGCGCGAGAUGACAAGAACAACGUCUUUGCUAUCAACUUCAAGACCAAUCCUACAGACAGGACAGGCCUGCCUCAUAUCUUGGAACAUGUCACCCUGUGUGGAAGUGAAAAGUAUCCCGUCCGGGAUCCAUUCUUUAAGAUGAUGCCUCGAUCUUUGGCCAAUUUUAUGAAUGCCUUUACCUCCUCCGAUUACACCUCAUAUCCCUUUGCAACCACCAAUCUCCAAGAUUUUCGCAAUUUAUCAGAGGUCUAUCUAGACGCUACCCUACAUCCUCUGCUCAAGCAUUCCGACUUUUUACAGGAGGGAUGGCGCCUGGGUCCGGAGAAUCCCCGGGAUGUCGCCACUGAGAACAACGUGCGAUUCAAAGGAGUCGUGUACAAUGAAAUGAAGGGCCAGAUGUCCGAUGCCAGCUACCUCUUUUACAUCAGAUUUAGAGAGCACUUAUUCCCUUCCUUAUACAACUCCGGUGGCGAUCCAGAGGUCAUGACCAACCUUACCCAUGAGAAACUCGUCAAGUUCUCACGCGAGCACUACCAUCCGAGCAAUGCAAAACUGUUCUCCUAUGGCAGUAUAAGCUUAGCAGAACACCUGAAAUAUGUCAAUGAGAAGAUCUCAAUCUUCGAGAGAGCAUCUUUUGAUGCAGAAGUCAAAUUGCCCAUUGAUCUCUCUGCUGGACCUCAGACUUUUGAAGUCGCUGGUCCUUUGGACACCAUGCAACCACCCGAUAGACAGACAAAGUCGUCUAUCACGUGGAUGGGUUGUCCGUCAUCAGAUAUAGUCGAGUCUUUUUGUAUUAGCAUUAUGAUGUCGCUCCUGAUGAACGGUUAUGGCUCUCCACUCUAUCAAGGCUUGAUCGAAUCCGGAUUAGGAACCAAUUUCAGUCCAAAUUCGGGAUAUGAUGCUUCCGGUCGAGUUGGAGUCUUUUCAGUUGGCCUUGAUGGCAUGAAGUCCGAUGAUGUGGCUGGCCUGAAACAUACAAUUCAGAAAAUCUUAGGAGAAAAAGCCCAUGAGGCUUUUCAAACCCACAAGAUCGAAGGAUAUAUGCACCAACUUGAACUGAGUCUCAAGCACAAGACUCCUACCUUUGGAAUGGGCUUAUUAGAUAAGACUCUACCUGGUUGGUUCAAUGGUGUCAGCCCAAUGGAUAGUCUGGCCUGGAACGAGAUCGUCGAUGCCUUCAGAGCCCGUCUGCAAGAAGAAAAAUACCUUGAGAAACUUGUUCAGAAAUACUUUAUGAAUGACAACACCAUGCAGUUCGUCAUGCGCCCUUCAGAAACAUAUGCGACUUCAUUGGAGAUACAGGAGGAAGAACGAAGAAUCGCGAUUCUAGAAGAUCUUAAGAAAUCCUCCAGCUCAUCGGAGGCAGCUAUUUCUGGACUGGGCCAGCAGGAACUUGAACUCUUGGAGGAGCAAGAAUCUGCUCAGUACAAGAACCUCGAUACUCUUCCCACGCUACGCGUUGAUGAUAUCUCUCGGACAAAAGAGAGAAAGCCACGCCAUUGGGACCAGAUUAGCCAUGUCAAAAGCCUCUGGCGUGAAACUUCGACCAAUGGCAUCACUUAUUUUCAGGCAAAGCAUCUUCUACAAGAUUUACCAACUGACUUGCGGCUUCUGCUGCCACUAUUCACCGAGUCUUUGAUGAGACUUGGUACCAAAACCAAAUCUGUCGGAGAUCUUGAAGCUGAGAUUCUGCUGAAAACUGGUGGAAUAUCAAUUGCUCCAUACGCUGCACCCGAGCCGUGGAGUCUUGACAAAUACACAGAAGGCCUGAUGUUGAGUGGCUAUGCCUUGGACCGAAACAUUCCCGCGAUGUAUCAACUAAUCCACACCCUGCUCCUCGAGAUAGAUUUCUCAGACCCCAAAACAAUUGGUGCUAUUCGAGAGUUGCUGGAAUCCAAAACAUCUGGGGCUCUCGAUUCAGUUGCAGAAACUGGUCAUCACUUUGCUAUUACAAGUGCAGCCGCCGCUCUUACCAAACGCGGUCUGAUACAGGACCAAUUGUCAGGACUAUCGCAAAUUGAGGCCACAGCCACUUUACUCGAUGCUGCAAGGCGAAACCCCGCGAGCUUACAGGAAGUGGUUCAGAAGCUCCAAGAAAUUCAAUCCUUCGCCAUUAGCAAUUCUUCUGACCUUUCUGUUCGAAUAGUCUGCGAGCCCUCCUCGACUCCAAGCAAUCAACAUGCGUUGAAGGAAUUCCUUGCCAAGCUUCCUUCUGGAAAGCAGCAGCCUAACUCGAGGUCAGCAUUGACAGACUUUGUCACUGGUUCAGCUCUUUCUAGACGGGCUUAUUUCGAUCUGCCUUUCCAAGUUUCCUAUACCGGCACUUGUCUACAAACUGUGCCAUAUUCUUCACCUGACAAGGCUCCGCUCACCGUCCUCGGCCAGCUCCUUAUACACAAUUUCCUCCACCCUGAGGUUAGAGAAAAAGGCGGCGCCUAUGGUGCAUCUGCUAGUGCAAGUCCCAUCAGUGGCCUCUUCACUAUGUCAUCAUACCGUGAUCCCAAUCCUCGAAACUCUCUGAAUGUCUUUCAACGUGCAGGCCUUUAUGCUCGCGACAAAGAAUGGAGUAGUCGAGAACUAGAGGAAAGCAAGCUGAGCAUCUUCCAAGGUAUCGAUGCUCCAACCAGUGUGAGCGGCGAGGCCGGUAAGGAGUUCAUCUACGGCAUUACUGAGGAUAUGGAUCAGAGGAUGCGCGAAAGCCUCCUGGACGUCAGUAAAAAUGACGUCCAACGGGUUGCGCAGAAAUAUCUGGUGGACCUCUCUCCAGAGCUCAAGUCAGCAUGCAUUCUUGGUGAGAAGAAGGAGUGGGCCGAGCAAGAUUCCUGGGAAAUCAAAAGUUUGAAAAUGACUGCAGCAUGA